CCUCGUCCUCGCUUUCUUCUUCAUUAGGAGGAGGCGACUUGUUCAAUGGCAGUGACGCGCAUCCACCAACACACUCAGACUCAUCAUGGAUUCUUUUCCACUGCCUCCAAACAUGCUGCCGCCAGAGCAGCAGCAGCGAUAUGUCUUCCCUUGCCCUCGUCAAGAUGGCCCUAAUAAAAAUUGGCUUGAUGAGAACAGCAAUUUUCAAAUGGAGGAAAUUGACCUGUCUCUUACACACAAGGUCCCCUGGUUUGCAGAACUUUGCCAGCAUUUCGGACUCGCACAUACGGGCAACAAAACAACGCUUCGUGAGCAGCUUGUGAAGUUCAGCCAAGCCGGGAUGGAAAAGUGGAAGGCAAAUAUCCUCACUCCGACGCGUAUUCCUCACAAGGGAGUGAGGGUGGUGAGGGAUGGUGCUAUUACGAAGAGGAAGCUGACACGUCGAGCAACCCGCAUUCAUGAGGUGAGCAUACCAGUGAGCAACCCUCAAAGGGUACUCCUCCCUACGUCAAGAUUCGAGGAUACUCGUAGCCAGGCCAAGAUAGACGGCUUCAUACCUUGGGCUGAAGUUCUUAUGGUCAAGAUAGCGAAAGAAGAAGAACGUGCACAGAAUCUCCGCAAUACCCAUCUCCCAGAACCUGGGGUCAACAGUGUCCACAAUCAUAGCGCGCAAAAGCCUGGUAUGAAUCCUUUUGCGAGCCCUGACUUUGUCCAGUGUGUUGCCUCUAUCGUCGAGGAGCGGUCGGCUGCUCAUCAAAACUCCUCCCCCUCGUCCUUGUCUUCGACUGUAUCACCUGAAACCCCCUGUCCCUCCAUGGAUUUCGACUCGACCAUUAUGGGGCUCACUGCAAGUUUGACUGAAGUCUUCUCUGGUAUUGUGGACCAACCAGACUCACCGAUCCUACCACCCUUUGAGCCCAUGCAGAUGACUUCACCAUCCAUGCUGCUCUCUCCACCUGCUCUGCCGACGUCUGAACUUGAUGGGAAUGCUCCAGUAUCAUCUGAUGAUACUGCCAUCAACCCAAUUCAGUGCUCGUUGGUCUUUGCUGAUGGCCAGACCAUAACUGUUCAUCAGGGUGAUGUUCCGCCGACUAAACCGUUCUGCUAUGCAUCAAAUCUCGAAAGUCUCAUUCGGUGCUGGGAUGAUCGUAAUCCAGACUGGGCCCCAUCCAUUGAUUAUCCAAUCGUCAUCCAUGGUCGCCCAGUUCCAAUAAAGUACUGGAAAGACAUCUACAAACUCAAUAAAAAAACAGGGAACGAAUGGGAAAAACUCAAGAGCAAUUGGCUAGAUUGGAAACAUUUUAUUGAAGCAUAUCAGGCAUUCGAGACACCUGAAGCCUUCUGGGCCGAGUUUUCCGACUCUCAAGGACAGAGGCUGAAAUUCUCUCGAAUCAAAAAAAUUCUUUUAGAGUGA